AUGGCUAGCGGCAAAGGUAAAAACCAGAGUUCUCUCGCUCUGCACAAGGUGAUAAUGGUGGGCAGUGGAGGCGUGGGGAAGUCUGCCCUCACCCUACAGUUUAUGUAUGAUGAGUUUGUAGAGGACUACGAGCCCACCAAGGCAGACAGCUACAGGAAGAAGGUAGUCCUGGACGGUGAGGAGGUACAGAUCGACAUCCUGGACACAGCCGGCCAGGAGGACUACGCUGCUAUCAGGGACAACUAUUUUAGAAGCGGGGAGGGCUUCCUGCUAGUCUUUUCCAUCACCGAGCAAGAGUCGUUCACGGCCACAGCUGAGUUCAGGGAACAGAUCCUGCGAGUGAAGGCAGAGGAAGAUAAGAUCCCGCUCCUGCUGGUCGGAAAUAAGUCCGACCUGGAAGACCGCCGGCAGGUGUCUGUGGACGACGCUCGCGGGAAGGCCGAAGAGUGGGCCGUCCAGUACGUCGAGACGUCUGCCAAAACCAGAGCCAACGUGGACAAGGUUUUCUUUGACCUGAUGCGUGACAUCCGAGGGAAGAAAAUGGCUGAAAACAAGGAUAAAAACGGAAAAGGGAAGAACAAGAAGAACAAGAAGAGCUUCAGAGAGAGAUGUUGUCUCCUCUGA